CGGUGUUUGUGUGCGUGAGAGAAGACACACACAUAGGAAGGACUCAAGCUAAAGGUUGAAAAUGAUUUGAGACGGCCAAGAGAGCAGAGGACCCAGAGACAAUGAUGAGGAGGAGGAUAGUGAGAAGCCAAGAACAUGAACAGCGGGAGGAGAGCGUAUGUGAAAAGGAAAUUAAGCGCCAAGGACUGGCAUUCUAGCGAAACCAAGCGCACUAUCAUCAUGGAGGGUCGCUCGUCCUUCUCCAACCUCCAUCAUCAUCAUCGCCACCAUCCGUCUUCUUUUCCUCUGACCUUAUCCGGCUUUCAGAGCCCUGAUGCCGGGUACCAGCCCUCGCACUCCGCCCAGGACUCCCAGGACCAGUAUGGAGGUAGAGGGGAGGAAUCCGCGGGGCCCUUCCUGGCAUCAAACACCUCAGCGGGGGUGAGGAGGGGGAGCAGCGGGAGCGACGGAGUCUUCAUCACCAACAGAGGCGGCAGCUUGGAUGGAGACGCUGGUUUGGGGGGUCACUUCGGCGGCGACGGCAGAUUGGGCGGCCACUUCGACGACUCGUGGUACGGCAAGAAGGGGAUGUGGGACGACGGGGAGAGCGGGGAAAGCGCCGCGGACGACUUCCACAGCAAAGCGGACUGCUACAGCAACACCAGCGACGUGUUCUGCUCGAUGAGCUGCGCGCCCGACGAGGCAGACAGGUGGAGGAUCAGAUCGAACUGUAACAGCUACGGACAGGGCGAGGCCGUGUGUAGCAGGGAGGGCGGCGCGAGCCACUUCGGCAAGCAGGCCGCCACCUACGGCAGGACAGACUCGAAGGCGAGCGAUCACCACGCCGGAGGAGAGGAAGAUUACGGGUCCAGCUGCGGCUCGGCGGAGGAUCAGCUUCAGCAGGCGGACGCCGACGGAUCGUGGCUCACCGUCUCGCCCACGGGAGAGACGGAGGUCAGAGGUCAGGCGGAGGGGAGGUGGAGGGGAGCGGACGGUCUGGCCUCAGGGUCGCCUUUGGACAUCAACGGCAGGGCCUACACUCAGAAACUGGACUCCUUCUCCGAGGCUUUCCUCCCCCAGAGGAGACGACUGGUGAUUCCGCCUGACAGGGAAUCUGCGCACAUCUGGGAAAACGGGAUAGGAAGAGGGGACAACUCGGGAUCAGUCAAGGUGAGGCAAAGCUGCGCUUUUGACCCGGACGCCUACCUUCAUCCCUCCUCCUCCUCCCUGUCGUCUUCGUUCCCCUCCCCGCCCACGUCGUCUCACCUCAUGCCUUCGGUUCUGAGUCCCCCUCCCACACCGCUGCCCCCUCCCUCCCAGUCGCCUUCCAAAGCAGACUCUCCAAGCGCGCAGGGGGGCGCGGGACACGCGGCCUCCCAGGGCGGAGAGUCCCUGGGCGGGCUGCAGUUCUUCCCGUCCCGCUUUCAGUCGUCCGGGAUGAUUUUGAAGCACCCCAUGCUGUCUCACUGCUUGCCGCAGCUGUCUGCAGACCCCAGCGACUCGGAGUGCAGCCUGAGGUCCUCUCAAGCCACUUGUGACAUCCUUCAGUCCCCCGACCCGUCAUCCCUCACGUCUCCGACCCAUCGCUCAUCCCACCACUCCUCCAGAGCGCUCUGUCCGUCCGGCAGUCCGUCCUCAAACGCUUCUUUCCCUCUUCCCUUUCACCCAUUCCCCGGGAAGCAUCACGAGACCACUGAAAAGAUAUCUGCGUACAAAACGACCCAGAAAAUAAAGAGCGAACCGGUCAGCCUGGACCAACAGCAUCCGCAGGAACAAGCUGCUCCCGUCUACACUGGGAGGCCAUUUCCCAGCAUCCUUCACAGUAAAAGGGCUCAGAAUCGGGGCCGCUACACCCCCCGGCCCCUUCUCAAUCCUUCCCGCAGGGGCACGGGCCUCUUUUCGUCCCUUUUAUCCGUCCACCGCGGGGCGGAGGAAACAGCAAGGGCCAAGGAGGAGGAGAGAUGUGGGAUACCAUACGUCAACGUGGGUCCAGGCUUCCAGGCGGAUCUUCCUCCUUGCGUUGCGGACGCCGGGCGUUUGAGCGCCUGGAUCUCAGAGGAAGACUCCCCCCGGGAGCAGCUGCUGUGGAAACCCUGGGAUGAGCUGCAGGAGAGCGCUCACGUACACGGCCAAGUGGAGAAGCUGCUGUCCAUGUGUAGUUCCAGCUGUCUACCAGGAGGGGGCAGUAACACAGAGCUGGCGUUGCACUGUCUGCACUACUGUAAGGGCAACACAAUGGUCACUUUGGAGAUGCUGUUGUUUUCUCAGCCCUCGCCAGCAGGAGACUACCACUACUCAGGCUGUGAUCUUUGGACAGAUACUGAAAAGAAUCUCUUUGGAGUGGCUCUAGCGACGUAUGGAAAAGACUUUCCGCUCAUAGAGAAGAUGGUCAGGACAAAGACGGUGUCCCAGUGCGUGGAGUUUUACUACCUGAGCAAAAAGCUGGCGGACAUGCAAAAGAAACAAAAGGAGGAAGAGGUCCGAGAAGCAAUGGAGUUGCAGAAAUGUCUGACGCCCAUCUCCCAGCCACUGGAGAGGCCGUUCGCUCUGGAGGAGGCGGCUCCUGUUCCUUCACUGGCCAGCUUCUUCCCCUGCAAGCUGUGCGGCAAAAUGUUUUAUAAGAUCAAAUCCCGCAACGCUCACAUGAAGAUCCACCGCCAGCCUCAGGAGGACUGGACCGACCGGCGGCUCCAGCAUCAGCUCCUCACGCAGCGUCUGGCCCUCGCCCGCCCCGCCAACCUCAUCCCCAGCCCGAGAAGCAGUCUGCUCCCGCCCCAGGCGUCGUCGGCCAUGGCGUUCUCUUCCUCAGGCCUCGCUUCGAGCAGCAACGGCAAUCCUGACGGUGUCCACAACAUUAUAACCAACAACAACACCAUUGCACCCAACCAGCUCCUAGAUCCCUGCACAGGAGUGACUUUUAGCAACAUAACGCCUACAAACUCCCAUCUAAUUGCCAUGAACAGUAUCGACGGGUGCGACGCAAACCGAAAAGACCCUACCCUACCUUUCCUCCAGCCGUGGAGUUCUUUUGGACACCUUCCAGACCUCGCGUCUUUUUACUGCAUCGCCGAAGGAAAGGAGGAGGUGGGAGCUGGGGCAGUGGAGGGGAAGGAGGCCAUCAGCUGGCAGUAGUAUUGUUUUUUUUUAUACUUCCUAAAAGCAUUACUACCACAAUUCUGAAUAUAUUUCAAACUCAGUACUUAAUUCAACCUUUUUGUUCAAACUUUUCCCUUAAAAAAAAAAGAUUUUAAUAAUAACUUAAUGCUGUUUGUUGGACUUUUGUUGUAAAUUUUGUAUUCAAUA